CGCCAUCCUAGGACUUGCACCGACUUGCGCCGCUAUGCAGAGCAUUAACAGGUUCCUCUACGGACCGACGCCAGAGGAACGAGUGCGGCAAUGGCAAACGAAACUGCGUCAGGAACAGCGGGUGCUCGACAGGGAAAUUAGGCAGCUCGAUAUCGCCACGAACAAGGCUAGACAGACUGUGAAGCAGCUCGCUACUAAGGGCGAUGUCAAGUCUGCCCGAAUACUGGCAAAGGAGGUCGUCAGGAGUACCCGGCAGAAGGACCGCCUGUCGGUGAGCAAGGCGAGGUUGGGCUCCAUUGGCCACCAACUAUCACAGCAAAUGGCCAUGAUCAAAGUGACAGGGUCACUACAGAAGUCUACAGAAAUCAUGAAGCUAUCGAACGCUCUCGUCAGGUUACCGCAAAUCAGUCAGGCGAUGCGCGAGAUGAGCAUGGAGAUGACUAAGGCUGGGAUUAUGGAGGAAAUGCUAGAUGAUACGCUAGAGAUGGACGACGAAGAGGAGAUAGAGGAAGAAGCCGACGAAGAGGUGGACAAGGUGCUCUAUGACUUGACGAAUGGCAAGCUUGGUCAGGCAGGCACUGUCCAGACAGAACUUCCUUCUGUACAAAACAAGGUGGAUGAGGAGGAGACAGAACGGGCCCUGGAACAAUACCGACAACAGCUCAAUGGUUUACUCAGCGGAUAGACUUGGGACUCUGGCUAUGCUCUCGUUGUAUUCUAUUUCCUUUCAUACCUUGUAACGGACUUUGUAAUGUGUAACAAUGUUUGUGGAAUUUCCUGCAUAGAUGCGUUCGGCCAUAGGCGGCUUGACACGCUAUUUGAUCCGUAACUGUAUCGUCUACAUCAUAAGUCACGUG